CUAAACGGUCGGCCUGGGGAUGAUGACUCUGGAUUUUCUUGUAAGCUUGAUCUUGGAAUGUUCCAGAUUCCCUGAGCUGCAUUCUCGACAAAAUUGAAACGGUCUCCCUUCGUCCCUGUACCGUCGCCUCGCGUCGGGUAGCACGCUUGAUACAUCGCUGCGCUCCGGCUGGUGCCCGCCACCCGCCUGAUCGCGCCGACUACGAGGAAUCUAGCUUAUUAAUACUCCUAAGAGCUCUGUGUAGCUAGAGGGAAAAUGGAUAUUUGGAGCGAGUCCAACGGGCCCCCUCGCAAGAAGAUGCGGAAGGGGACUAAGAGUUGUGUCGAAUGUCGUCGGCGCAAAAUUCGUUGCACCUACCACCCCGACCGACCUGAGACCUGCAAUGAAUGCCGGUUACGAGGCUCUACCUGUAUUGACCAAGAGCAUAGCUCCGAUGACCCGGGGUCCGCGCCGGGUUCUACCCAAGGUGACCAACGAUAUAGUCUACGGGAGCGAGUCGCUCACCUGGAGGCGGUAGUACAGGGGCUGUCUAAACGGCUGGACCAGCAAAGCUCCCAUGAGACUCCUUCCCGGAAUCUCCCCCAAGCAGAGGUGACCCCGCCAGCAACCGAGUCCGAUCAACUCGGACCAUCCAGUGACCAGAUCCAGAACGCCCCGGUAAUGCAGCUGUUUGAUAACUAUCUUUUGAGCCGCCGCGAGGAUCCGGACAGCAAUGACCGAUUCGCAGGAGCGAAAGAUACGUCUCCAAAGGCACGAGCAGUACGAGCAGAGCUCCUGUCGCUACUUCCACCAACAUCCGAUAUCCGCAUGGUCAUUGCAGAAACUUCACAUUUAUGGUGUCUCUGGGACGAGCAUUUCCCCGAACUCCUGACUCGGUUUGACUUUCCAUCAGAACUUGGCGAGAGCACGGUUGCACCCGCCGAGAUCGCUAAGGCUGUUGUCUGUCUCGCUAUCAGUGUCAUUCAUCUACUUCCCGAGUUCAGUUUCGAUGCUCUGCAACAUCCUUUGGAUCCGCAAGAAUUUGCCGCUCGCUGCACGGGGACUGUGGACCGCCUUGUCGUUAGUGAUGAUGAAUUUGCGGCCACGCUUCCUGGCAUUGAGGUUCAGAUGUUACUUUCAAAGUAUCACCUGAACGAGGGUCGGCUGCGUAAGGCGUGGCUAGUCAAUCGACGAGCUAUCGAAUUUGCGCACCUCGCAGGCAUGCACCUGUCUACCCGCACCCCCAGGCCUUCCGAUACUCUUUUUGACCGACGGCUGCGAAUAUGGUGCUCUUUGACCACGGCAGAUAGAUCGCUGAGUCUAAUUCUUGGUCUUCCAUACGGAGUCGCCGAAUCCUUCUUUCAACCACAGAUUGAACGGCGUCUGGACAUGGGCGUGACUGCCGCAGAACAGUAUAUGUUGCGCAUAGGGGUCAUCACCGGACAUAUGGUCGACCGCAACCAGAACCCAGCCGAUAUGUGUCUAGAGACGACUUUGAGGCUCGAUCGAGAGCUUAUGGAUGCGUGGAGAGCCUUGCCAAAUAGCUUCUAUGGAACCGCCCCGGGCCCUAAUGAGAAGCGGGAGCAGUUCCAUGCUCGGAUCCCUUUGCAUUUCAUGCCGAAAGUACUCCGAGCGCUCCUGCAUAUGCCUUUCUUGCUCAAAUUUCCACAUGAUCAACGCUUUAGCUUCUGCCAUCGGGAAGCUAUUCAGUCUGCCCGGGAUGCCUUGGUGCUGUAUAAAGUCUUACGAUCAAUGACAAGGUCUUAUCUGUGCAAGAUGAUUGAUUUCUUUGCCUUUACUAUGAGCAUGCUCAUCAUCGUUCAUCUUCAUGGCCACUCUGAUGAAUCAUUGGUACAUUACAAGCAAAAGGACGACCAGGACUGGAAGCUCGUGGGCGAAGUGGUAGAGAUCCUCGGGCAGGCGGCGACCGAGAGGGGUGGAUCUGUAGCUGCCGAGUCCGCAAACAUCCUCGGUGCUAUUUUUCAUACCAGAUCACAAAUUCGCAACUGGACAUCGUCGGCUACGUGCAAGGUCACGGUGCCUUACUUUGGAACCAUCACCGUCGGGGCUAGCCCCAAGCUGUUGAGGCCUCAGAACAACCAAGGACAGGACGAGACUGCUCCAAAAGUAGUGCCAUCAGCAAUCUCCUCAAACAACCCGAAUCCGGGUCGACUAUACACUCCCCCAACGUCUGAUCCUGAUGGAGCUUCUACAUCGCACACUACGGGAACUUCACAUACUCAAAGCCCCGUAUUUGGAUCUGAGGGUGCUUCCGGGUAUCCCAUCCAACCGUUGUCGCAAGGCGAGGAUGUUUCCGCCACCACCUUUGCCGGUAUAGAGUCCAAUACCUUCACGGGCCUAUUUGAUGACUUUGAGCAAUUCACAUGGCCCAAUCCUGCUGUUGAUCUUGGGCUGGACUAUGGUUGGAAUUUGAAUUGGUCCGAGUAGGGAUUAUCAUACUUAUUUGGGCUAGAACCCAAGACCGAUUUCUUGGAGACGCGCUCACGACUGUACAAGGUUCAUGUUAUUUUUGAUCCAUGCCCUCAACUAUGUUGAAUUCCACGCUUGGGGAUGAUACUAGAUUAUAAUUUGGGUGAUAACAUCGCCACUAAACGUUCAUAGCUGGCUGGUAGCUACAAGGGGCCAGAUCCCG